UCCUUUCCCAGCCCUUCCUUUCUCUUUUCUUUUUCUUUUUCGAUGUUCUCUCCUCUAUGCAGCAGCACUGGAAGGUUCAUUUCCAUAUGCAGUGAUGGAAAAUCAAAGAAAUAGAAUCCAUAACUUUCUCUUACGAGCCCUUGAAGACCUUUCGCAAGAAGACUUCGACAGGUUUAAGGAUGAUUUAUCACAUUCUGACCCUGGGGGAAAGGGCAGGAUCCCACGAGGGCAGCUGGAGAAUGCCAACAGGAUAAAUACUAAGAACCUCCUCAUGGAUUUCUAUGGGGCAGAUGCUGCAGUGGAUGUAACCAUUGAAGUGUUCAUUCGGGUCAAUCUCAGGGACACCGCUGCCCAACUGCGAGAGGAAAGACAGAAAGCUUUAGGCCCUGAUCAAACCCUUGGAAGAAGAGCAGAAGGGAACACCAGGAUCUCUGCUGGUGAGACAAGUGGCAAGACCUGAGCAGAGGAGCCUGUCCAUGGCCAGCAUUGGGGACCCAGCUGGAGGGCAGAUGAGGUGGCUGAUAUCCUGGCCAUUUGGGGCCAAGAGGACACACUUUGACAAUUCAAAGCAGGCCACCACAAGAAACACAUCUUUUGGGUGAUAGCUCCAGGUGGCAGAGUGGGGGCAUCCCAUCUGGGUCUGGCAGCAAUGGGGCUUCAGGUCCAAGGAGGUGGAUACUGUUGCAGGUGGCAGCAGGUCAAAGCCAGUCAGCAGCCACCACUGCCAGGUUGCUGCCAUGGGUAGAGGGUGAGGGGACUCCAGGUUAGGGCUGCUUCAGCAGUCCUGCUGGCACAAGGGGCAGUGUCCCCAGAUACCAACUGGCUGGGCCUCUGAAGCUCCUGAGGGCAAGUAGCCCUGAGCUGCUCACCAGGGCAAGUUUUUAUACAUUUCAUAGACAUUAAGGGAUGGAAGGGACUUCUUGACAUAAUCGAGUCCAGCCUCCCCUGCCAUGGGCAGGAAGUCUGCUGGGGUCAAAUUAUCCCAUCAAGGUAAGCAUCCAAACACUUUUUAAUGAGUCCAGAGUAGGUGCUUGCACCACCUCUGGGGGGGAGCCUGUUCCAGACUUUGGAUACUCGGACAGUAAAGACAUUUUUCUUUAUGUCCAGUCUAA